AUUUCUUUUUAUAAUUGUUAGGUAAUGAGCUUAAAACAUAAUAGUUUAACGUACGCAGCUACUUUAAUAAAGCCGGUGACCAUCAUAAAUGUAAUUAAAUAAUAUCUAGCUGUAGUCAUUCGAUUCUUCGUGCAGUAGUGCUGGAGAAUGUUGUGCAUGUUCAAAAACAGGGUAUUGUUCGUAAAAUCAAACAUGUACAUGUACUGCAUCUUCAGGUAGUCAAAUGUCAGGUUAAACUUGUUUGUUGAACUCAACAGAAAAUGCAGCUGUUGAAAAAUAGUUAUAAAGUGGAGCAGAUGAAUCAUUGAUAGCAAGGUUAAUAUUAUGAACUAUAUUAGUUUCUCCGUCAUCUAAGUAUAUGAUUUGUUGAAUAGAAAUUCAACUUUGACAUAUAAACAAUUAUUUGCUAUCUAUGAAUUAGGAAUUUCUACAGCACAGAGUAGUGUUUAGUAAAGUGAAAUAUAUUGGUUUUUAAAAAGCGUCGAAUUCAUUACUAAGAAAUUGAAAGCAAUCCAAACAUUAGAAGCAAGUGCCCUUUAAACAUUUUAAAUACAAAUAAUGGAUUUAAUUAGAUCUUUGAUGUUUAAAUAUAUUGACUUAGAUUCCAAAAAAAAUCCGAUCUUCUUUGAACAAGGCUAUUUCAGUGCAAUAAUAGCUAAAUGGAAGGAUACAAGUAAAAAAUUUUCUUAUAUUUCUUAUAGUAAAUUAUACAACCAUGAAACUAGAUUCAAAAUCAAUUAAAUCAGCUCAAUGUGAAUACAAAUAUAAAUCUGUGUUAAUUAAAGUAUGAUAAUGUGAUGACUUAUUCAUAGUAUAAAUUGGUGCUAGCAGUUUCUAAUGACAUGAUUAGCGCAUUCACUAAUUCAACAUUUACUUAUAAUUCCACAGUUACAUAUUGUUAAUUUAUGGAUAAAUAUGGUGAUAUUUAUUACCCUCCUUCCUCUGAAUUUCAUUAUUGGCAUUACGUACCAAAUUUUGACUAUGAGCCUCUAUUGGAUUUGUCAGAUGUGAUAGGAUUGGGGUGCUUUUAAGUACUCUAAAAUAUAAAUAUAGAUCAAACAAUCCAAUUCAGUCUAUGGUUUGGCAUACAAUAAUUAAGAUUGUUAAUACAAAGAAAUAACAUCAUCUAGGCCAGUUCCAUUCUGUUAAUGCAACGAACCUGGAAUAACUUUUGUUUAGGUCUUAUGGAGUGAUUAGAAGAUAGCUUAACUUGCUUUGGCGGCAGGAACAUCAAAUUCCACCAAUUCAACCGAAGCGUAUGGAAAUUUAUUGAUCAUUACAUAUUUAGCCAUAUAAAUAUUAUUUUGA